AUGGCUGACCCCAUGUAUCACGCAAUGGGCCAGGCUGGCUACGACCCCUCCAACCCCCAAGCUCAACAACACAUUCCCCCUCAAUCAUCACCGCCGUACUCGGCCGCCGGUUACCCCCAGUGGCCUGCCUACGGUUCUCCUCAGUCUGCCUACCAGGCCCAGAGCCCCGAUGCCGCAUACAAUGCCGCCCAACAGCCAGUGGCUGCCGCUGGAGAUCCCAAUAUGGCUGGUCUGGCCUCUCAGAUGAGUGGUCUGGGAAUUGCAGCAGAUGCUGGAGCUAGAACACACCGAAAGAAGCAUCGUCAUGCCUAUCAUGAUAUUGGAACUGGCUCAGCUGCCCCGGCGCAGGGCUUCAACAAUGCAAUGCCCCCCGCGGGAGGUGUGCAACCAACCUCUCAAUUCCUCAACACCGGUCUGAACCAAAGUCCACCGCCAGUGGCCCCCGGUGGAGUUCCUCAGCCUGCUCUGUCUGCUCCAGGAAUCACCUCACAGCCUGGAAUGCCCAGUGGUGCGGGCUCGGUGCCUACGCAAGGUCGAAUUGACCCCGAACAGAUCCCCAGCAUCCCCCGAUCGCGAGACCUGCCGGCUCAGUAUUAUUUCAACCAUGUCUACCCGACAAUGGACCGGCAUCUACCUCCACCUGCCGCAAUUCCGUUCGUUGCUCACGACCAAGGCAAUUCGUCGCCAAAGUACGCCCGCCUGACGCUUAAUAACAUUCCCUCGACCUCCGACUUCCUCUCCUCCACUGGUCUUCCUCUGGGAAUGAUCCUACAGCCGCUCGCACCACUAGACCCUGGUGAACAACCAAUUCCUGUUUUGGACUUUGGGGAUACUGGCCCCCCACGCUGUCGACGAUGCCGAACAUACAUCAAUCCGUUCAUGUCAUUCCGUGCUGCGGGCAGCAAAUUCGUCUGCAACAUGUGCACAUUCCCCAAUGAUACGCCCGCCGAGUACUUUGCGCCUCUGGAUCCGAGUGGUGCGCGCGUGGAUCGUAUGCAACGGCCGGAAUUGAUGAUGGGCACAGUCGAGUUCUUGGUACCCAAGGAAUACUGGAAUAAGGAGCCCGUGGGUCUGCGCACGCUGUUCCUGAUCGAUGUUAGCCGCGAGGCAUCGCAUCGUGGCUACUUGAAGGGUGUCUGUGCUGGUAUUGCGGAAGCUUUGUAUGGUGAGGAUGGGGAGGUAGAUGGCUCCGAGGGCGAUGAAUCUAAGGCCCGCAAGCUGCCCGCGGGUGCGAAGGUUGGCAUUGUCACUUAUGACAAGGAGGUGCAAUUCUACAACCUCACGUCAACUUUGAACCAAGCGCAAAUGAUGGUGAUGACUGAUUUGGAAGAGCCGUUUGUACCACUCAGCGAGGGUCUCUUCGUUGAUCCUUACGAAUCAAAAUCCGUAAUCUCAUCUCUCUUGGGCCAGAUACCUACUAUCUUCUCCCAUAUCAAGAAUACCGAGUCAGCAUUGCUUCCAACUUUGAAUGCUGCUCUCUCGGCGCUGCAACCAACCGGAGGCAAAAUUGUGUGCGCGUUGGCAAGCCUGCCGACAUCGGGCCCCGGAAAGCUGUCAGAGCAACGCGAUGACCGCAGCCUUCACGGGACCGACGCUGAGCGGAAGUUGUAUACUACUGAGGAUACGGCAUGGAAGAAAACCGCUAGCAAGAUGGCCGAAGCCGGUGUGGGUGUGGACUUUUUCAUCGCCUCUCCCGGUGGCGCCUACAUGGAUGUGGCAACAAUUGGUCAUGUGGCAGCGCUCACCGGAGGCGAGACAUUCUUCUACUCCAACUUCCACUCGCCCCGCGACGUUCCCAAGGUGCGGAAGGAGUUGGCUCAUGCUAUCACCCGAGAGACUGGUUACCAGUGCUUGAUGAAGGUCCGAUGCUCCAACGGACUUCAGGUUUCCUCUUACCACGGCAAUUUCGUACAACAUGCUCUCGGUGCCGAUCUCGAAAUUGGCGGCAUCGAUGCGGAGAAGGCCAUUGGUGUUCUCUUCAGCUAUGAUGGAAAGCUGGACCCCAAGCUGGACGCUCACUUCCAGGCUGCCUUGCUGUAUACGUCCGCGGAUGGCCAACGUCGCGUCCGAUGUAUCAACGUGGUGGCCGCUGUCAAUGAAGGUGGCAUGGAGACGAUGAAGUUUGUUGACCAGGAUGCUAUUGUGGCAGUCAUCGCCAAAGAGGCUGCCUCCAAGACACUUGACAAGAGCCUCAAGGACAUUCGCGCCAGCAUCUCAGAGAAGACCGUUGAUAUAUUCAGUGGGUAUCGCAAGAUCUUCUCUGGGUCACACCCGCCUGGGCAGCUGGUUUUGCCUGAGAACUUGAAGGAGUUCUCGAUGUAUAUGCUGAGCUUGGUCAAGUCCAGGGCAUUCAAGGGUGGAAACGAAGCGAUCGACCGACGUGUUCACGACAUGCGCAUGAUCCGGUCAAUCGGCUGCACAGAAAUGUCUCUCUACCUCUAUCCCCGCAUCAUCCCCAUUCAUAACAUGCAACCGGAAGAUGGGUUCGCCAACGAGCAUGGUCAGCUCCAAGUCCCGCCAGCUGUAAGGGCAAGCUUCUCCAAGGUCGAGGAGGGAGGUGUCUACCUGGUGGACAACGGCCAGGCCAUUCUGCUCUGGCUACACGCACAGGUUUCGCCCAAUCUCCUGGAGGACUUGUUCGGUCCCGGACACAACUCGCUUCAGGAGCUGAACCCCAACAUGUCGUCACUGCCUGUUCUGGAGACCCAUCUCAACGCCCAAGUCCGGAACUUGUUGCAGUACUUCUCUACGGUGCGCGGAUCCAAGGCCGUGACCAUCCAAUUGGCCCGACAAGGUCUCGACGGGGCAGAGUAUGAAUUCGCUCGUCUACUGCUGGAGGAUCGGAACAACGAAGCCCAAAGCUACGUGGACUGGCUGGUGCAUGUCCAUCGGCAAAUCAACUUGGAGUUGGCCGGUCACCGCAAGAAGGACGAGUCAAGUGGCGAGAGCACAUUGGCUAGUCUCUCGGCUAUGCGAUCACCAAUGUGGUAA